GACAGAAUGCCUUUGUAAAUCGUAUCUACACAGUCUAUCGUGUUCACUCUCGUAUGCUGGUAUACGAUAAAUCUGACGUACAAUUUUUCUGCAUUUUGCUUGCAAGUUGUCUGUAAUUCGCGUUUCAGCGGAAAUUUGCAAUAUAAGGAAAGUUCAUAGCGGAAAUAAUGCUUCGGUCAGUGAAUAGACUGUUCAGUUCACUUCGUAGUGUUACUGGCAUGAAAAAUACAUCUGCAGCAGCCGUUGGAAUAAUCAGAUAUUCUCACAGUAGUGAAACUGCUGAAGAUUUUGAUUCUCGCUAUGAAGCAUAUUUUAAUCGAACAGAUAUUGAUCAUUGGGAGGCACGGAAAGCAAUGAAUGACUUACUUGGGAUGGAUUUGAUUCCGGAACCGAAAAUUAUUGUUGCUGGUUUGAAAGCUUGUCGUCGUCUUAACGAUUAUGCACUAGCUAUUCGAUUUUUGGAAGGCUGCAAGGAUAAAUGUGGGAAUAAAGUAAAUGAAAUAUAUCCCUACUUACUACAGGAGAUUCGUCCAACGUUGACCGAGCUUGGUAUAGAUACGCCAGAAGAACUUGGUUAUGAUCAGCCAGAACUUGCUUUGAAAAGUGUCUAUGAUAUCCACUAAAAACUUACAGAGAUCUAAAGAUUACGGCAAGUGUACUGCCACUUUUCAGAGAUAGCUGUUUGUGAAAAAGUGAGGUUAAAACAACUUUGUUACGUAAUUAGUGGAGUGCAAAUAGUCGAGAAAAUAUAGAAAAAAGACGUAA